GUGUUUUAUUUAAGUGUUUUACAUGCGUUUUUAUAUUUUAUUCCUGUUUUAUUAGCCGUUGCAUUUUUAACUUUAACAGAACGUAAGAUUAUUGGUUAUGUUCAGUUGCGAAAAGGGCCUAAUGUUGUUGGACCGUAUGGGCUUUUACAACCAAUUGCAGAUGGGGUGAAGCUAUUUAUCAAAGAGCCAAUCAAGCCGGCCUCAUCAAAUCCAUGGGUUUUUUUCUUUGCCCCGAUGUUAGCUUUAAUUUUAGCUUUUUUGCUUUGGAUACCGGUACCAAUUAUAGAUGCUUUUAUUGAGUUGAAUUUUGCUGUUUUAUUUGUUCUAGCAAUCUCAAGUUUAUCGGUGUACUCUAUUAUAGCUUCUGGAUGAUCCUCUAAUUCAAAGUACGCUUUAUUAGGGGCCUUGCGAGCUGUCGCCCAGAUGGUCUCUUAUGAAGUAAGUUUAGGAUUAAUUAUUUUAAGUUUAGUUUGCCUGGUUGGGGGUUUCAAUUUAAGUCAGUUUUCUUGUGCGCAGGAAGAUACAGUUUUGUUACUUAGUUGUUGACCUCUAGGCAUUAUAUGGUUUGUGUCUACUGUUGCUGAAACAAACCGAUCGCCAUUUGAUUUAACAGAGGGGGAGUCUGAGCUAGUAUCAGGUUUUAAUGUAGAGUAUUCGGGGGGCCCGUUUGCAUUAUUCUUUUUGGCUGAGUAUGCUAACAUUUUGUUUAUAAACGCUCUUUCCGUUGUUCUUUUCUUAUCAGCUCAUUUUACUUUAUUAGAUAUAUCGUUUAAGGUUGGUAUUUUGGCUGGGUUAUACGUUUGGUUUCGGGCUUCAUACCCCCGGUUUCGGUAUGACCAGUUAAUACAUUUGGCUUGAAAAAGAUUUUUACCUAUAAGUCUUGGGUUGUUAAUAUUAAACUUCAGACUACCUUUGAUUUUUUCGGGAGUCGGGGGAAAUAUAUAG